AUGACUACUCUCGAGGAAGCCACCCUCACGGAGCUUCUAACCGCUCUUCAAUUAAAGCUGGAGUAUGAAGGAGAAAAAGGAUAUGAUCGACUUGACACUCGAUUGAGACCCCUGGUGGCAGCUGAGAUCUCGGGACAAAUAAAUUUAGGUGAAAUAAUCCUAAAACGUCUCUGGGGACGCCGCAACGCUGUUCAAGCUAUCAACCAGCUGCCCCCCGAGACACUUAUCCUCAUUUUCUCCAUGGUUCGAAACUUUGACUUCGAUGUAUUUCCACCACGGAUGGAGGGCGAACUGACAGGGAUGAACGAUUGGAUUGUUAUCACGCAGAACCAAGAGCUUGUCUUUCUCGAGAGAAUCGGUCCAUACAUUCCCUUUCACUUAAACCUCUCCAUUCCGCCUCCUUUAAGUCCUUUCGACAGCCAUAGCUCACGCCGAUUGACUUCACCACUAGGCCUCCGCCAAGUCCUGCACGACAACGCCGAAAGAGUACAGUCACUUCACAUAUCGCGGGCGGGGUUCUUCUCCACUGAGCUCUGGCCCGUGCUUGACCAGCCCUUACCCGCGUUGCAGAGCUUGCAUCUCUCACUUAUGCGUGAAAAUGUCGCCUCCACAGCUGGUCAGGGAAUACCCCUUCCACGGAUCCUUCGAGGUCAGCAGAGCAGACUCACCCACCUGUCAUUAGCAAGAGUCACACAUUGGCCGGAGAACAAGACCACAUUCUCGCGCAUUACUCACCUCGCGCUCAUGAACCAGGACUCCAACUCCCGCCUCCGCUUCUACAGCUUCCUCCUCGUACUCGAGGGUCUCCCCCUGCUGGAGGUCCUUGGGCUGUACUUUGCCGGCCCGCAGGCUUGCCCGAAUGAUGGAAAACCAAGGGCGAAGACAUUGCUUCCAUGCAUCCGGAGGAUUGAGUUUGAAUGGUCUGAUGCCCAACUCAGUCCCUGUCAGCUACUCGAUUUCAUCGACUGGAGCAACAAAAAAUUGCUUGAAAUAAUUUUCAGAGGGAAGGGCACCAUGGGAGGACCUGGGAACGUGACGAUGUCCCACUCAUUGCCACCGCCAGAACUCCUUCUCACUGUGUCACGAUUCUCAAUCCAGAACGACUCGGACCCAAGGGUACAUGGAAUGCACCUGACAACUUCAACCCUUCCCAAUGCACCUGGUGGGUUAUUGGAGAUCAUCAUUUUCUCAAAAAACCGAGAUGAGACCCUCAAUGCUGUCGCACCGCUCCUUCCCAACAUCCACGACGUGCGCGUCUGCGUACCACCCUCCUUAUCGACCCGACGGAAAUCCUCAUCAAGAAAAAUACGCACUGACGGCAACGUUAUUAGAAUGUUGCACAGAUUUCCGAAGCUUACACACGCCCGCCUCGAGUACGCUUUAAACUACCCGGAAUUUGUUGCUAUCCUUGGAAAAUAUCCAUACCAAGGCCCUGCAACAUUCGCACCGUCUACAGUGGCGUCGUACCCUCAGCGGGAGGAGAGGCCCACGACUCUUUUUGCAUGGCCUCAUCUCAAGCAACUUACGGUCCACGAACUACCUAAGCGGCACAUGCACGAGACACAGAGCAUCCAGCAGCAGGACAAGAAAGUGAAGGGACCCUCAGCGGAGCUGCUACGGGAGGCGGCAAGGAAGAGUCUUGUUGAAUCGGGGGAAGAAGGCGAUGUGCGCGUCAUCCGCCACUCUGCAACUGUUUCACACGACGGCGAUAUCGCUCGUCGUUCCUUGCCGGAUAUUCACUCAAGCGCAAGAUCGAGAGGGCAGUCAGAAGAUGAAGAAAACGGAAGGACGUUUGCCCUCGUCAUCCUGCCCCGUUCUGUGGACGGCUCCCUCAAGGUCAAGAUGUCGACUUUCGGGAGGAAUCUGCCAUACAUUGCAUAG